AUGAAAUCAAUAGCUGAUUCAUUACAGUUACUAAUGACUGUAAUGAAUCAGCUACGAGUGUUACUCCUAACGUCCCUCCAAAACGAAUCUUGGAAUGUAGUAAUAAAUCUUCUUUUGUUUAGGUGGACAAACCCAAUUUUGAAAAAGGGUUACAGACAGCGAUUGGAAUUGUCAGACAUUUAUCAGAUCCCCUCCGCAGACUCUGCAGAUAAUCUUUCUGAAAAAUUAGAAAGAGAAUGGGACAGGGAGCUGGCAACUUCAAAGAAAAAACCCAAACUUAUUAAUGCCCUUCGACGAUGCUUUUUCUGGAAAUUUAUGUUCUAUGGAAUAAUAUUAUAUCUGGGGGAAGUCACCAAAUCAGUGCAACCUCUUUUACUGGGAAGAAUAAUAGCUUCCUAUGACAUUGAAAACACUCAUGAGCGAUCCAUAGCCUACUACCUCGGCCUAGGCUUGUGCCUUCUUUUCAUAGUGAGAACCCUGCUUCUACAUCCUGCCAUAUUUGGUCUUCAUCAUAUAGGGAUGCAAAUGAGAAUUGCCAUGUUUAGCUUAAUUUAUAAAAAGACCUUAAAGCUGUCAAGCAGAGUCCUAGAUAAAAUAAGCACUGGACAGCUUGUUAGUCUUCUUUCCAACAACUUGAACAAAUUUGAUGAGGGUCUGGCAUUGGCUCAUUUUAUAUGGAUUGCACCUUUACAAGUAGCGCUGCUGAUGGGACUGCUCUGGGAGAUGUUACAGGCCUCGGCAUUUUGUGGACUUGGCUUACUAAUAAUCCUGGCUCUUUUCCAAGCCUGGUUAGGACAAAUGAUGAUGAAGUACAGAGACAAGAGAGCAGGGAAGAUCAAUGAGAGACUUGUGAUCACUUCAGAAAUAAUUGAGAACAUACAAUCAGUUAAAGCUUACUGUUGGGAGGAUGCAAUGGAAAAAAUGAUUGAAAGCUUUCGAGAAACUGAACUUAAGCUGACCCGAAAAGCUGCUUAUGUGAGAUAUUUCAACAGUUCAACCUUCUUCUUUUCGGGGUUCUUCGUGGUGUUUUUGGCUGUGCUUCCCUAUGCACUGACCCAUGGAAUUAUUAUCCGAAAAAUAUUUACCACCAUCUCCUUCUCCAUUGUUCUUCGAUUGGCAGUAACUAGGCAGUUUCCAGGGGCUGUUCAAACCUGGUAUGACUCUCUUGGAGCAAUAAACAAAAUACAGGACUUCUUGCUAAAAGAAGAAUAUAAGACAUUGGAGUAUAAUUUAACAACAACUGGGGUUGAGCUGGACAAAGUAACAGCCUUCUGGGAUGAGGGAAUUGGAGAUCUUUUUGUAACAGCAAAGCAAGAAAAUAACAACCGAAAAGUUUCUGGCAAUGAUGACAGUCUCUUCUUCAGUAACUUCCCAUUUCAUGGAACUCCAGUUCUUAAGGAUAUAAAUUUUAAGAUUGAGAAAGGACAGUUACUAGCUGUUUCUGGCUCUACUGGGGCAGGCAAGACUUCUCUUCUGAUGUUGAUAAUGGGAGAGUUGGAACCUUCAGAGGGUAAAAUUAAGCACAGUGGAAGGAUUUCCUUUUCCCCUCAAGUGUCCUGGAUCAUGCCUGGAACUAUCAAAGAAAACAUCAUCUUUGGUGUGUCCUAUGAUGAGUACAGAUAUAAGAGUGUCAUCAAGGCCUGUCAACUUGAAGAGGAAAUUUCAAAGUUUCCAGACAAAGACUAUACAGUCUUGGGGGAAGGUGGGAUCACCCUAAGUGGAGGUCAACGAGCAAGAAUCUCACUAGCAAGAGCAGUGUACAAAGAUGCUGAUUUGUAUCUCCUGGAUUCUCCUUUUGGCUAUUUAGAUAUGUUUACAGAAAAGGAUAUAUUUGAAAGUUGUGUUUGCAAGUUGAUGGCCAAUAAAACUAGAAUCCUGGUCACCUCAAAGCUGGAACAUUUAAAGAUAGCUGACAAAAUAUUAAUUUUACAUGAAGGGAGCAGUUAUUUCUAUGGAACGUUUUCUGAACUUCACAGUCAACGCCCUGACUUCAGCUCAAAAUUGACGGGAUUUGAUGCUUUUGACCAGUUCAGUGCAGAAAGAAGAAACUCAAUUCUGACUGAAACCCUCCGACGGUUUUCUGUUGACGGAGAUGGGGUUGGCUCACGAAAUGAAGCAAAGAAGCAAUCUUUCAAACAAACUUCAGAUUUCAAUGAAAAAAGAAAAAACUCCGUAAUUAUUAAUCCACUUAAUUCUAGCAGAAAGUUCUCUAUACUACAAAAAAACUCAGCACAUGUUAAUGGGAUAGAAGAAGGUCAUGGAGAUCCAUCAGACAGAAGACUCUCACUAAUACCUGAUUCUGAACAAGGAGAGGUAAUUCUGCCUCGCAGCAAUAUACUAAACACAGGUCCAGUGUUGCAUGGACGGAGAAGGCAGUCUGUACUGAACCUGAUAACACGCAUUUCAGUUAUCCAGGGCCAAAGCUUUUACACAAAAGGGAAAGCACCAAUACGUAAAACAUCAAUGAUCACCGAGUCAAAACUGUCUUCUGAGAUAGAUAUCUAUGCUAGACGUUUGUCUCAAGGCAGUGUCCUGGAAAUAAGUGAUGAAAUUAAUGAAGAAGAUUUGAAGGAAUGUUUUAUGGAUGAUACAGAAAACAUAAAUGGUAUUACUACAUGGAAUACAUAUUUCAGAUACAUUACUAUCCAUAAAAACUUGAUUUUUGUUCUAGUUUUGUGUGCUGUUAUCUUUUUAGCUGAGGUAGCUGCUUCUCUUAUUGGGUUGUUGUUUCUCAAGGAAAAGUUUCCAGGUACAAAUACAACACAGAGGAUAAACACCACGUCUGAUGUGUCUGGUGAUGGCCCUUCAGUGAUCAUUACCCGAAGUAGCUUUUACUAUGUCUUUUACAUUUAUGUGGGUGUGGCAGAUACCCUGCUUGCCAUGGGAAUUUUCAGAGGUUUACCCCUGGUGCAUACUCUUAUAACAGUGUCUAAAACUCUUCAUCAGAAGAUGUUGCAUGCUGUUCUUCAGGCACCUAUGUCAACCUUCAAUACUUUGAAAGCAGGUGGAAUACUUAGCAGAUUCUCAAAGGAUACAGCAAUAUUGGAUGACAUACUGCCUCUUACUAUAUUUGACUUUAUUCAGUUAAUACUGAUUGUGAUUGGUGCUAUAACAGUAGUCUCAAUAUUAGAACCCUACAUCUUCCUGGCAUCAGUGCCUGUGAUAGGAGCCUUUGUUAUGUUAAGGGCAUACUUCCUCCAUACUUCUCAGCAGCUGAAGCAACUGGAAUCUGAAGCCCGGAGUCCAAUUUUCACACAUCUUGUUACAAGCUUAAAAGGGCUAUGGACGUUAAGAGCUUUUGGGAGACAACCAUAUUUUGAAACUUUAUUUCACAAAGCUCUGAACUUGCACACAGCACACUGGUUCCUCUACCUGUCCACACUGCGCUGGUUCCAGAUGAGAAUAGAAAUGAUCUUUGUCAUCUUCUUCAUUGCUGUGACAUUCAUCUCUAUUAUAACUACAGGUAAAGGAGAAUCCAAAGUUGGCAUUGUUUUAACUUUAACCAUGAAUAUUAUGAGUACAUUACAAUGGACUGUGAAUUCAAGCAUAGAUGUGGACAGUCUGAUGCGAUCUGUAAGACGUAUAUUUAAAUUUAUUGACAUGCCAACAGAAGAAACAAAAGGUAUUAAGCCAACAAAGGACGACCAACUGUCAGGAGUCCUUAUAAUUGAAAACAAGCAUGCAAAGGAAGAGAAGGUCUGGCCAUCUGGAGGCCAAAUGACAGUGAAGGACCUUACAGCCAAGUAUACUGAUGGAGCAACUACAGUAUUAGAAAAUGUUUCCUUUUCAAUAAGUCCUGGACAGAGGGUGGGCCUUUUAGGAAGAACUGGCUCAGGGAAAAGCACUUUGCUUUUUGCCUUUUUACGGCUUCUGAAUACAGAAGGGGACAUUCAAAUUGAUGGUGUCUCUUGGGACACAAUCAGUGUCCAGCAAUGGAGAAAGGCAUUUGGAGUUAUCCCACAGAAAGUGUUUAUAUUCUCUGGGUCAUUUCGGAAAAACUUGGAUCCUUAUGGACAAUGGACUGAUGAAGAAAUAUGGAAAGUUGCAGAUGAGGUUGGACUGAAGUCUGUAGUAGAGCAAUUUCCUGGCCAGCUUGAUUUUGUUCUUGUGGAUGGUGGCUGUGUCCUCAGUCAUGGGCACAAGCAAUUGAUGUGUCUUGCCAGAUCAGUUCUCAGUAAAGCUAAAAUCCUGCUGCUUGAUGAACCAAGUGCUCAUUUGGACCCCAUAACCUUCCAAGUGAUUAGGAAAAUACUUAAACAUGCAUUUGCAAAUUGCACUGUUAUACUCUCUGAACACAGACUAGAAGCAAUGUUGGAGUGCCAGCGAUUUUUGGUAAUAGAAGACAAUAAAGUGAGGCAGUAUGAGUCAAUCCAGAAACUGCUGAAUGAAAAGAGUUCCUUCAGACAGGUGAUCAGCCAUGUUGAUCGCCUUAAACUCUUCCCUAUACAUCGCAGAAACUCAAGCAAGCGCAAAUCUCGGCUGAAAAUCACUGCUUUGCAGGAAGAGACAGAGGAAGAAGUACAAGAGACCAGACUGUGAGGAGGACUAGAAACACUUUCUCUAAAAAAUUAAAUAUUGGGGAAAUUGAAGCGGAGAAAAGUGAGACCAACACUGCGGACACUGCAGGGGCAAGCCCAUGAUCAAACUUUCAGGAGGCAUUAAACGGAGCUGUCUACAAGGGUAUAUGGAAACGGCUACUCUCCAAAGGUUAAAUUGUGUGUGAGGCAUUAAAUACCCUUGAAGAUUUACCACUUGUUGCGGUAAGCCAUGCUUCCUUUGAAAAGCUGCUUUACUUUGGUACUCACUCAAUGAUAGGAAGGGUUAGGAACCUGUUUGGAUCAAUAUAGGCAAACUUUAAAAACCUUUUUUCCCUGUGUUUCGGGGGAGGGGAUGGGCACUGAAGAAAAAGGUGGCAGACGGGAACGUUAAAACAUAUCAGACUUGGGUACAAAACACUAACCACAAAGUAGUAAACUGAUUGUGGGGUUACUUCCUGAAACCAGGAGGAGAGAAAGCCAGCAGCAAUGCACUUCAAAUACUUCCUGUUCCUCAUUUUUCAUCUGAUUACUGUAUUUCAAAACCACAGAAAAGGCGAAAUGCCCUUUCACAACAGUGCACAGCAAGCAUGCAUGAGAUAAUGAAGGAAAAGAGGAUGUUUGCCUGCGAGUCGGUCAACAUCCGUCAAGUCCCAGCAGUUAAAGAAAGAUGACAGGGGGAGUUAAUAUUUCCUGUUGGACUCCAGGAGAGUCUGGCCCAACCCUGCAAACCUUUAUUUCUGGGCACAUGAAUAUUAGCAUAAGCAGCAGGACUCCCGCUGGUAGGCCAGUCUGUAUGUUAGGUCAGGCACCUUGACCUGCUUGUACUCUACUUUGUAUGAAAAGGAGAGAAAAAAACUUUGUAGUAGACUUUAAGAAUGACAUCAGUUUUAUACCCGUCUGUUUUGCAGUUUUAUUAUGAAGCUGAACUUUUCUCUAGAAUGUUUUAUUUAUUUUAAUAUUGUUGAAAACAUUUAUUAAAAGAGUGCUGUAUUUUAAGAGUGAUUAUGCACUACAAAAAUAUAUAUAUAUAUUUGUAUAAAAAGCGGUUUUUUUAUAUUUGAGCCGUAUUCUUUUUAUCCCACCUGAUGAUAGAACUGGAGAAAAUUACUGUGUCCCAGAGGCAUGUCAAGUAGCAUCCAAAAGCUACCUUUAUGGUGUGUGUGACUGCAUUCUAGUAAUACAGAUGUGUUUGUUAGGUUUCUCUUUAAAUAAAACCUCUCAACUCACACUGCCUAUGUAACAAGCUGUAAUAGGUGCAAUCAGUAGAAGACACAGCAGAAAUGUUGUUGCUUCUACUAAGUGAACACUGCCUACCACGACAGCAUACAUUUGAUUUUUUUAAAUUCUAUUUAUUACCAAAGUAGACAACAUUAUGUACAGUGUGCCAAUAAAACUAAGAUUUUGUGUACAA